AAUAAACCAGGAAAGAAAUCGGUCAUGUGAUCUGUCCUUGUGACUUGCCCGGAAUGUUGCUGUGAAAUCGUUGAGCUGUGAAAACAUCACUGACAGACAGCAAGAAACGGACCGUCAUGGCUGACGAUUUGAAGAGGUACCUGUACAAGCAGUUGCAAAGUGUUGAAGGACUUCAUGCCAUUGUGGUGACGGACCGUGAUGGUGUUCCAGUGAUCAAAGUGGCUAAUGACAACGCUCCAGUCCAUGCGUUGAGGCCAGGCUUCCUGUCCACCUUUGCCUUGGCCACUGAUCAGGGGAGCAAGUUGGGUCUUUCCAAAAACAAGAGUAUCAUCUGUUACUACAACAGCUACCAGAUUGUGCAGUUUAACCGGUUACCACUCGUCAUCAGCUUCAUCGCAGGCAGCAGUGCCAACACAGGUCUGAUCAUGAGUUUGGAGAAGGAGCUUGCUCCCCUAAUAGAAGAGCUGAGACAAGUAGUGGAGAUCACAUAAUGGCGGUCAGCUCAGUCUGGAGCAGCCCAUCUGUGUAUUGAUAAUGGUUGGUGUGUUAUAAGAAGACUCUCUGUAUCUCUUAUCCUGUCAAUUUGGCGUUUCACCGCUAUGUUUGAUUCUAAAUAAAGUCCGCUUCCUCAAUAAAUAAUCGAUCAGUAAUGGCUCGUGAACACUGUCUGAACAGUGAUUUUAGCACUGGGGCACACUGGGAAUAUGACUGAAACCAGCAUCUCAGAUGCUCAGAUUUGCUAUUCAUCUAAAGGUGACCCACGACCUCAGUUGGAGUGUUUUUAUUUUUCGCUCUGAACAUUUACAUUCAUGUAAGCGUCACAAGGUCAAAUAAUCAUUAUAGAUGAGUUCAUUUAAAAGAUAAAACAAGCAAACACUAAAAAAUGUAAUAAAUUAGCAGCGGUAGGACAGUACCACUGCCCUGUUGCGAGAUAGCUAUCACAUCGAUCGAUGUGGCUGUCAAUGAAUCCCUUCUUUAUGACGGUAGAUGGCUGACGUCCUUGCUUGUAGUCAUAUCCUUGAAUGCAGGUGGUUAUCGUCCUUUCUGGAUCUGUGACUGGACAAGAGCAGAUGUUUAAAAUGUCUGAAUAUCCUAACCUGAUUUUGAUUGAUAGCGGGAGUAAAUAUUAGAGUCAGACAACUGAACCUCUGCUGAUAUCUGUGUGACAACUUUGUACUGUGAAGUGACACUAGUCUGAGUGGGACUUUUUGAGAAAUAUUUUCAGUUGUUCAGUCAAGGUCAUAAUGAAAAAGCUGAGUUUAUCCAGGCCAAAGUGAGCUAGAGAGAGUAAAAGGCACUUGGUUUCUAACUAAUUGUUUCUAACUUUUUUUUUUUAUGAUAUAUGACAGACUUAUAUGACAGGCCAUUUGAUGAUGCUGAGUGUGACCAGUGCACGUCAGGGGACAAAUGAAAGAAAACAAUUUAUUGACAUCUACAUUUGUCAUUUCUGAUAGACUAUUCUUGUUUUCAUCUUCAUUGUGAGGCAUAUUGGAUUCAGUCUGACGUCAUCAAUAAUAAGAAAAAAAUAGUAAUAGUAGUAGUGUAGUCAAGUUAUUAUUACCGGUACAUGUUAUUACAUUACAUUAUUACAGUGUUAUAGACACCUGAUGAGGUUCUCAAAAAGAAUCCCCUUACCAUAGUUACAGAGACAUUUAUGUUCCUUCCUUGAAACUGUUUGUGUUUUCUAGACCACAAGCAACAAGGAAGUGAGUUUGAUGUGCAUUAUUUCUGCAGCUCUGCUUUGAUUCUAUCUACAAUGCCAGCUGAAUUUUGGGGAAACCACGCAGCUACAAUCCACAUAUGAACUUGCACAAAGUGGUAUUAAAUCUUGCAGGCCCCUUAAUUUUUUUCUUAAGCAUCCAUUUCAGCUUGUUUCAUAAACUGACGCCACUUUGCAACACAGCGGAAGAUGUUUCAGCAGCAGGCAGUGACUUCUGGUAAGUCUUGGGCCUGACACACCAACAAAAACUGUAAUUUCUAACAUGAUUUUCAUGGCUUGAAAAUUUGAGCCUACUGUACCCGAUCGUCACUGCCACUGAAAACAGAAAUGUUCAAAUUUUUAGGAUGAGAAAUUUGUGUCGUAAUUGGGCUUAUGUGAACAAUCUGGAUUCCCUCAUUUUGAUGUGGCCAUUUUUAAUGUGUGUAUUCAGAUUAAUUGUUGCCUAACAAAAUGAGCAAAAAGGAUUCACCCCAAAAAUUGUUUGUAGCACAAAAACAUAGCUUAAAUUGAGUCUAAACUAAAAUACUCUUAAAGGAAUUCUUAGUCAUCACAAGCGUUGUGGUGUCAAAACAGUUGGUUCCUCACACAAAAAAAAACAGGUAGUCACUAGUGUAAAGUGAAUACCAGACAUCAGUCAUUGGGCACACACACAGGACUGUUGGGGAACUUGUUGGGUCAAUUCGCGAAAUUUCAUGUAAACGCAAAAUGCUAUCAAAUCCCUGACAUAAUGAACUUUAGUGUGUGUAUUGUGACAAAAAUAAAUGAAAUUACAUUUCAACUGUCUGGCUCAAGACUGCCUUUACCUGUCUGGAGCAUGAGGAGGAGUGGGAAGGGCUGAGGGAACAAUUCCCACAAGAACUUAAAUAAAUGAAAGAAUGAAGGAAACAAAUCUCAUGAAAAAGGGCUGGUGCACGAGCACCACUUGGGGUCUAUCUGUGCAUGUCCCUGAUUAUCAUCUUUGUUGGAAGAAUAGGAAUUGAACUGAGGCCCUCUACAAUGGUCUUUCACAUGUCCACAGUUCUUGAGAAGAAUGUGGCCAUGUGAGGCUGAUGCAUUCCCUGGAUCCAAAUGUACUUACCAGUUUCCAUCUGAGGAUCUUGAUCCACUCAUCUGCUUCCACAGCUGUCUUUGUACACAAGUAGAAGGUCCUCUCAGGAAACACCAGACUGUGGAGACAUG